GACUGUUAAUUAAUUAAUCAUGCCUAAUUGACUGAAUUAACAGACAAUGGACUCUGUUAAUGGUCAGAGGGACGACCCAGUGGAUCCUGUGUUGCUCCUGGGGCAGCUGAACACCGCACGACGUGAGAUUCACAACCUGAGACAACAAAUCAAGAGCCUCAGGUACAUCUUCGAGAAGGAUGUGAACGGUAUCAAGAGACUCAUCAGCCACCACCUGGGAUCCACUCCUCCAGGGGACGAUUUAUCACCCCUGGAGCCCACGACAUCGACUUCCCAACCGUUGGACACAUCAUCAGUGUCAAUGACACCAAUAGGAGUCAUCAACACUGGAUUCCCCAGCAAGAGAGGGACUCCCAGGCAGUCGGGGAUUGGUAGGGACAUGUGUGGGAAGAUCACAUUAUUCAACACUGUCUUCACGAAUCCUGAACAUGCCCUGAAUGGACUCCAGGAGUUCUCCCACAUGUGGAUUCUCUUUCACUUUCAUCGCAACGAGUCCACCCACACACGGGCAAAAGUAGCUCCACCUCGUCUGAAUGGCAUCAGAACUGGUGUAUUCUCAACACGUUCUCCCCAUCGUCCCUGUCCCAUUGGUCUGAGUCUAGUGAAAAUCCUGGAGAUCGAGGGCAACACGAUUGUCUUCGAGGGAGUGGACACCGUGGAUGGUACCCCAGUCCUGGACAUAAAACCCUACAUUCCUCAUUACGACAGUCCCCAGCAUGUGGAGCAUCUCCUGAAGAUGGAGACGAAUGGUAAUUCUGAGGAUCACGAAGUGGACGAGAGCAUCGAAACGUACGAUCCCCCAAGAGAAGACGUUUCUGGUGACGAGGAAUUGGCUCUGAGGCUUCAAGCAGAGGAGUUCUCCAACUCCUCACACUUUGACACAUCUCCAGUGACCUUGGAAGCUGAUGAUUCGAUUCCCCAGGUCGAUAACUCAGCAAACGACUCAUCGAUUCCCCCGACUGACGACGAUCCCAGGAAUUCUCGACUGCUUGAUGGAGCUGAUGGACCCAGUUCUGUCUGUGGUACCAACAUGGACUUCCUGAAUCGACGAAUGUUGAACAUCCGGCAGGACAACUCUCCAGUGAGAAUGGGAAUCCGUGAGGCGCCUGAUGGUGAAGAGGGACUUGAAUCCCAGGUGUUGAGACCCUCACAAACAGUAUCCAACAUUCAGAAUAUUCCUGCUGGAGGAUCCAGAAUCACCAGCAGCUUACAGAACCUCAGCGAAGGGGCUGAAUCACUCGAGCAGAUCGACGUCCGGGUGCCUGACUGGAUCAGCCAGUCUGGAUCUAGAUCACUGUCUGUGAUGUUCAAUGAUCGAGCUCUGAGACAACUCAACGAAAUUGUUAAUGAUAAAAUCGAGGAGCAGAAGAGGGCGAUUGAGAAUGUCCUCCAGGAGGAUCCAAGAUCUGUCUACCUCAGGCAAAGAUGGGCCAAUCAAUUUUACACAUUUUUAAUUCAUGAUUUACAUAUUAGUUGUAGAUUCGAUGACAGCAAGGGCAUUGUCACUGUCUUUCAAGUCAGACCAGCAGGUAGAAUCUGCGAUUGUGGAGAACCUGAAUGGCAGUGUCUUGGACACUCACCUGUAUCAUAAUCGAGGAAAACAAACUGACAAAAUCAUUUCAUAUUUGCACAAAUGUAAAAUUGAUUUAUUAAAUCUAAAACAUAAUUUAAUCCACGAUAAUUUAUCGUUGAUUACGUGUACAAUCUGAUGGUGGCAUCAGCACCAGCUGAGAAUAUCCAGGGCUGGAUGGGAUGAAAGUGAACGUCCAAGAUGCCAAAGUCAUUGUAAGCUUCAUGAUUUGAGAAUCUUUUGAGAGGUACAAUCAGUGGAUUCUGAAGUAGAUCACUGGAACAAAGACAAAUGACAAGAGUUUUGAAUAUUUCUUUUAAACAAUUGCAACAUUUAUGAAUAAAAGGUUUGUUCUCACUUGUAAACCAUUCCAUGAGAGACAAUGAGACCUCUGUCAUCAGCACCAGAUGCAAACAAAGGAUAACGUUUGUGAAAUGCCACUCCACGUACACCAGUACCAUGUAACCUCAAAGUCUGAUAGGGCUUUGUACUUAAAUCCAUGUCAAACCAAAGCAUUUUACGAUCGUAUGUACCAACAAGUACAUUAUCACCAGCUGAAACAUAAAUAAAUUAUUUAACAAAGGAUGAAACAGGACACACUGGACAAGUCCCUUGGGCCUGCUGAAGGGCAUCUGUGACCUUCUCUUCGACAACUGACUAAUCAAAACCGAUCUAUUCUGUCCAUCUGGCAUAACACUUGCAAAAUAAUCACCUCUAGGAUGCCAGGUGAUCCCCCACACCUGGAUUUAUCAGAAGUACUUUUUUAUCAGCAGCAACAGCAAUCAGAGAGACAGCUUCAUUAGGACACCAGGCAACACACCUGAUGACACCUCCACAAGGUAUAACCUUCACACAUCUUCCAGUGGAUAUCUCCCAGAUUCGUAGAUUCAUGUCAUCACCACCAGAAGCAAAGUACUGACCCCUUCCCUGGGUUGUGAUGGACCUUAUCAUGUCGGUGUGACCUUUGUAGACCAUCGACAUGGUCGUGGGGAAGGGCUGGAGGUCCCUGGGGCUGGGCAGCUGAGGAACCAACACCUCAGGAUCAAUUGUUAGCUUCAUCUUCAGGGCUCGGGGACAGAGGUACAGGUCCAAACAUCGCUGGAACCUCUCCUUGAUGUACUUGGGAUAAGCAGGAACUUCCCUCAGGGACUUGAACUUUUGGGGAAUAAAAUGAAGUUUCCUCUUCCAGGGUGUCAUCUUCAACUUAUUCCACUGCUUCAGCUCUUUCUUAUCGAACAAAUACUCUGGUGGUGGAUUAUAACUCUCAGCAUGUCCAGGUAAAUGUCUCUUUGGUGCUGAAAUAUGUUUGUGAAUUCUUCUCAUCUCCUCAGCCUGAUCAUCAGACGCCCAAAGCAUAUAAAAUUGUGGUUCCCUCUUCUUCUCAGCCCUCUCCCUCGCCAUAUCCUCCGAGGACUUGAUCCAUCCCAUCUUCAGGGCGUGCACCAGCUUGGAGACCUGUCUAGCUUCGUUUUUAGAUGGUAAAAACGAUCUUUUGUGCUCUGGGAACUUCCUCAGAGGUGUCUUCAUCACUUCAGAGGUGAAAUACUCGAUCCAGGGUGCGUUAUCAUCAAACUGAGAGUCUGGAAUCUUUUGGUUUUUGAUUCUCCUGAUGAGAUUGAUGUCUUCUUCACUCAGAAUCACGUCCUGACCAGUCGUUGGGUCUUUAACAGUUCGCCAGAAGUCAGGAUCUUCCAUUCGCUUCAGGAAAUUGUCCAGGAGAUCUCCUUUCUCUGGCUUCAGGAGCUUCUUCCCAUCGAGAUUGUAACCGAUGUGGGGGUAAUCAUCGUACCAUUUCAUGGGAAUGUUACCAACGGUGUUGCGAAUGUCCUCUUCGUCAGAGGAAUC